GCGGUGUCACUCGCGCUACGUGCUGCACGUGGUUUUGUAGCAUUUUUCCUACCCAGCUUCUAGUUAAAGUAGUUAAUUAAUUAUUGAUUAGUUUCUACACAAGCAGCCAUGCCUCCAAAGUUUGAUCCGACAGCGAUCAGUAUUGUGCACAUGCGAGCGGUUGGUGGGGAGGUGGGGGCCACGUCAGCGAUUGCCCCCAAAGUCGGCCCGUUGGGACUGUCACCCAAGAAAGUGGGAGAGGAUAUCUGCAAGGCGACGCAGGCCUGGAAGGGGCUUAAGGUAAUAAUAUUAAUAAUUAAAUAUCAGUUAACCCUCUACCGCCUGACNCGAGUCGAAGUCGUGCCCACGGCGUCCGCUCUCAUCAUCCGCGCCCUCAACGAGCCACCCAGGGACAGGAAGAAGGUGAAGAACAUCAAGCACAAGGGGAACAUAACACUGGAGGACGUCGUGAGCAUCGCGCGCACCAUGCGCCCGCGCUCUGGCGCUCGUUAUUUCUCGGGGACCGUCAAGGAGAUCCUCGGUACCGCCAAGAGCAUCGGCUGUACCGUCGACAAUCUUGACCCCAAGGAGGUGCAGGAGAACAUCGACAAGGCCACCACUAAACUCCCCGACGAGUAAAGACUACAGCAGGGCAGUAAAGCGGAGACACUCGAU